ACGUACAAAAUCAGCAGGGGAUCACAUACUUUUUCCCUCUCACUGUAUGUGUAACAGAGUGCAUUAUAUUCUGGCCCAAGCAGGGCUGGAACUCACAACCUUCUGCACAACAACACGCCACUCAAAAGCCAACUGUCUUAGCCAACAGAGAAAGAGACUCUGUGAGCAACAGUUGGCUUUUAGAUCUCAGGUUAGGUGAUGCGACCGGAUGUACUCCAGUCAACAUUCUACAGAUGAGUUUCACAUCCACUACAUAAAGAUCUUCACUAUCUGACAUGAGUAGCCAGGGGGCUCAGGGACAAAGAGCACUGGCUUCUACCCUCCCUACGAAGACGUAAGACUGGACUUGAUCCUUUUUCUUUGGAGCUUAUGGAUUUAUCUUUCUUUUACAAUACGUCUUUCUAUUCCGUUGAUCUCCCUGACUCAAUGGGUUUUGGUCACUGAGUAUCGGUCAUUGGUUCAAUUCUCGGAAAGAGUAGAAGCCUACUUGAAUAGGAGAGGGAUGCAAAUAUCCAUGAUUUGCAUGAAGCCAAAAAUGGUGUGGAAAACCAAAAGCACCAGGAUGUACUCAAAUUAAAAACAGUGCUUUGCAUAGCAUAGAUAAAGGUCUGGCUAGGUACAGCAGGCUGUACACACCAGGAUAUGAAUCAUGAAAGAGUUUAAUUGUGUACAAAAGGAUGAUAUACUGGCAAGUAACGUGACGGAUGCACAGAGGGGGUGAGAGAGACGCAGAGAGAACUUCAAAUCCAACAGCGGACAGAAGACAGAUGAUUGAAUGAAGCCUCCACCACUAACCAUGCAGUGGAGUCUAUCUCUCUGCUCUUUAAUAGGAGUUGUGUUAUUAGCCCAGAUGAGCAGUACCUCAACAGUAAAUGUUGCGUUACAAGGAGUGGCCACUCAGUCAUCACUGUAUGAUGCAAAUAUUACAUAUGUGAAAGCUUCUAAUGCCAUUGAUGGGAGCAAAAACCCAGAUUUCAACCGAGGAUCCUGCACCCACACGAAGUUGGAGACCGACCCCUGGUGGAGAGUGAACCUGCUGGAUGUGUACAAAGUGACUGCUGUUGUCGUCACCAACAGAGACAGCAAUUCUGAGAGGCUCAAUGGUGCAGAGAUCCGUAUUGGUAAUUCACUGGAGAACAAUGGCAACAACAACAGCAUAUGUGCAGUCAUCUCCAACAUCACAGCAGGAAAUACCGAGACCUUCCAGUGUAACGAGAUGGAGGGACAAUAUGUCAGUGUGAUCAUCCAUGGCACUGGAAAAAUUCUCACUCUGUGUGAGGUGGAGGUAUUUGGCUGUCUAGCAGGACACUGUUCAUCUGCAACAUGCCUCCAUCAUGACGAGUAUCACUUUGUGAACCAAAAUAAGACUUGGACUGAAGCACAGAGUUACUGCAGAAAGGAGUACACUGACCUGGCCACCAUAGACAACGUGGAGGACUUGGAGAGACAGAUGAGGACUGUACACAGUGGUUAUACUGAAGCAGCCUGGAUAGGGUUAAAGAAGCGAGAGUGGCAGGAAGAGUGGCAGUGGUCAGACAAUAAUUGCAGUGAGGGAUAUUUCAACUGGCACCAAGACGAACCAAAUAACGGGAGAGGGAACGAGGACUGUGUGAUGAUGAGCAACGGUGGUCAAUGGAAUAAAUCCAAUUGCAACAAUUCACAUGUGUUUAUCUGCUAUGACAGACUGAACAGUUCUGGUAAGACAUUCCACUUGAUUAAUAAUACUCUGACUUGGAGAGAUGCUCAGAUGUACUGUAGGGAUCAUCACACAGACCUGGCCAGUGUGAGGAACCAGACUGAGAAUGAGGAGAUAUAUAGACUGGCUAAUGGUCACCGUGUGUGGAUCGGCUUGUUCAGAAGCUCCUGGAAGUGGUCGGACCAGAGUAACUCCUCAUUCAGAAACUGGCAUGAGGGACAACCCAAUAACAUCGGAGGGAAUCAGACUUGUGCUGUGACAUUGAUAAACAAUUCAGGGCGUUGGGGUUAUCAGAAGUGUGAUGAAAAACGACCUUUCUUCUGUUACUACAAUAAGGCGAUCCUGAUUCAUCAGAAUAAGACAUGGAAAGAUGCCCAGGCCUACUGCAGAGAACACCACAACGACCUGGUCUCUGCCCACUCUGAGGAGAUCCAGAGAUGGGUGGAGGCCAGGGCCAAGAGGUCCUCCACUCCUCAUGUGUGGCUGGGCCUGCGCUACACCUGCACCUCGAACUUCUGGUUCUGGGUCAGGGGACAGUCCACCUGCUACCACAACUGGGCUCCGGGAAACGGGACCGUCAUGGAGGACUGUGGGAAAACCGGAGCGGGGAGAACCGGGGCGGUAGAGAAAGAUGGACGUCACCAGUGGGUCAGUCUGCCUGACACCGAGGAGCUCAACUUCAUCUGCAGCACCUCUAAAUAACAGGUAGUAGAACCUGGACCCAGCUCUAGCACGGUGGCUUUCCCAGACACAGACUUGGCCUGGACCUGGACGUAAAAGCAGAGAAGAAUCUCUAUUGAGAAUGCUUCUUAGUCCAGGUCUAGGCCAAAUCUGUGUCUGGGAAACCGGCCCUCAGUCUUCAGAUCCAAAUAUUUCAUUCAUAGAACUUUCUAGAAGCAUGUUGCUGUCGUAGCUUUUUGAAAAAGAAAAGCCUCCCACUCUAGGAGCUCAGACGCAAUAAUUUAAUAACCAAAGUUUGAUCAGACCAGCUGUCUUCAUCAGGGUAUAAUGAC